AUGAGUUUCCGAGAAAAAGCAGGUUUUAAUAGCGCUCAGGCGUUUUUACAUAGAUCGAAAUCUUUGUAUGAUGGGACAAAGUCAACUAUGCGCUUGUCGAACAUUACAGCAAAAUUGCGAACGGUAUCUGCAACAUUGACAAACACAAAUCCUUUCAGUUCUAAGUCACAUGAAAAUAGUAUAGCUGAAGAAAACGCAAAUGAUAUUAAAGAAACGGAAGGGAUUAAGAAAGUAAAGAGAAGAACUCGUAAACGAACCACAUUUACAAAUGAAUCCUCUUCAACUACAAGUGGAAAGCAAGAGAAACCUGAAAGUAAAAAAAGGAAAAAGAAACAAAAACAUGAUUAUUCAGAAACAACUAAACUAGUCAAAGCUAGCAGUGUUCAACAGACUACAGAAUACGUUGUACAAGAAGGUGAUUCAUUCAAUAGUGUAGCAGCUCGAUUCGAUCUGACUCCUUCAGAAUUAUGUCGUAUCAAUAAACUCUUAUCUCGAACAUUAUUUGUUGGUCAAGUGAUCAAACUUCCUAUCAAUGAAAAACUAGAAAAUAUGACCGCUGAAUCAUCCAGUAAAUCUGUUGCAUCUAGUGUAAAAAGCGAUAAUAACAACUUAAAUAUGGAUGAAAAUGAACAAAUGACAACUGAAAAUGUAAUAAAAAAUCCUCACGAUCCUAAAGUAUGCCUUAUUGAAGAAGAGAUUAAAACAAAAUUUUUACAAUCAGUCGAUUCAUUAACAUCAUCAAUCAAUGAAACAGAUACUGAUGAACAUGAUUUGGAUGAAUCGUCUACAUACAGUGAAUAUACAGAUUAUGCAGAAGAAGAAAAUGAUCCAAUGGCAUGUCAAUAUCUAAAGUUUGACUGUAAAUUUGUUGUCGAUUUGCAAUGUUCUGUUCCUGGGAUAAUUUUGGUAACCACAAAUAUGUUUGUGUUUAAACCAUACGACGAAGAACAAUAUCCACUGGAAAAUCAUUGUAAACAAAUUCCAUUGAGUCAAUUUCGUACGAUUGCAGUUUACAGAGAUCCAUCUGUUAUGUAUUUUACAAAACGUGGAGCGCAACCUACUUCAUGUCCUAGCAACGUGAAUAUUGAUUAUAAUGCUAAUGACAUUAGAAAUUCUAAUGAACAAACACCUUGUGUAAUAAUUACAAAAAAUGAGGAUAAUUCAAUGGAUAAGUUGUCAAAUUCCAUAGAAAUUAAAGGAAAUAUAUGUGAAAUGAAUUCAAGUGAAAAAUAUGAUAUUGAACAAAAGGAUAAUGAAAAUGUGAUUACAACGGAUGAUAUAAAUAAUAGUUCGUCUGCUGCAAAUUUGAAGAAAUGUGAUUUAGAUGAUAAUCCAUUUUAUUUAUGUAUAUUAGCAUCUACUAAUUCAGUUGAAAAUAACAAACAUAGAAGACAUCCAUAUUGGUUUACAGUUCAAUCAGAAGAAUAUUGGUUUUUAAUACCAAAUGAAAAAUCGAAAAGUUUAUUUGACUUCCUUCUAACUUGUCAAUUUCAUGGAUACGAGGAUGAUGUUAAACAGGGCACAGAUAUGAAGGUCAGUCAAUUAUCGAUUAAAAGUACUGAAAUCAAGGAUACGAAUAAAAUAAACACAAUCACUAGCAAACUUCAUUCGAAAUCAUUAGGAAAUUUAAAUUUUUUCAAAUCAUCUAUUGUCAGUCCAGUUUCGAGUGAACGUUUCUGUUUGGAUGAUGGUGGCAGUGAUGAUGUUGGUAAAUUUGAGAAGACACUCCCUCGUCAUCAUAAUCACAAGCAUACUCAUCGACAUCAUAAUCAUUGUCAUUUUGUAGUUGUCCCAAACACAUUCGACUGGGUCCUACCGCGUAUCGGCAUUUUAGAUGAUCAUUCUCGCACAUUAUUAAUUUUGAAAAAUCAACAAAAGUACACACCAAGAAUAUCUAGUUAUCAGAAUGAACACGGUCAGCAAAAUUUCCAGUCAAAUGAAUUGGAAGAAUCACAGAACUUAAAACAGUUAACGAAUAGUUCUUCCCUUACGGAUACAACAGAUAUAAGCAAAACAGUGGAAAUAUGUGAUAGUAUACCUUCUAUGGAAGAAGAAAAAGCUGCAUUGCAACUAUUAAAACGUGAAACUGUCAACUGGGAAUUGGUUAGUUCAAAAGAAUUGGAAUUGAAAGAUUUAGAAGAAGAAAAAAGAAAACAAUUCAUGUUUGACUGUAUCAAAUUGGCAGAACCAGAAUUAUUGCCAAUACCUACUGCAACAUCGAACAGUGAAAUAUUUGAUGUACAUAAAGUUCGUGAUCUUUUACAAAAUUUAACUCCUGACGCUGAAGGUUUAGACUGGAUAUUAACUUAUAGUACUUCUAUGCAUGGAUUUAGUUUACGAUCGUUAUAUCGUCGAUGUGCCAUUAGUUUGACAGAAUCUUCAAAAGAUAAUUUACAUAGUACUAUUCAUACAAAAAUGAAACAUACUCUUAUACCGAAUUCACCGCAUGCAUCAAAUCAACCAUGUAUACUAAUCAUACGAACAUCAACGAAUGAGAUAUUUGGGGCAAUGCUUAAUACACAUCCUUAUCCAAGUAAUGGUCGAUUCUAUGGUAAUGGAUCAUGUUUUGUAUUUCGAUGGAUCAACACAACUGAUUCAAAACAAGAUCAAUUAGAAGAAAAUAGUAGAUCAAUCAAUGAACAAGAUUCUACAUCUUUAUCAGCUACUUCUAAUAAAUUAAUGAAUAUACCAGUAGAUGUAAACUCUGCAUCAAUAUCAUCAUCGGCAUUAUUAGUAACAGACAAUCAUAAUUCUGAUAUAUUCUCAUCUUCGUCAACAUUUGAUAUGAGAACUGAAACUGUAACUAAGGAAUUCGCACAUUUAUGUUAUGAUGAUAAAAGAGAAUUUCCAGAACAGGAUAAAAAACAAACAUUCCAAAAAUUUAUAUGGAGCGGUAAAAAUUCCUAUUUUAUCAAUGGUGAUUAUGAUUCGCUUACUAUAGGAUGUUCUCAAGGUCAUUCAGCAAUUCAACUUGAUGAUAAUUUAUUACAUGGACAUAGUGUCAAUUGUGAAACAUUUGAUAGUCCACAAUUAACUUUAUCAUCACCAGAUUUUGUGAUUACCACACUUGAAAUAUGGUCAUUUAUUUAA